UAUACGGCGCGUCGGAGCAUCACGGUAGCCACAGAGUGCGACAGUGUUCGGCGAUCCUCAGUACAGUGUGGACAAUUGAGAAUAGUGUGUCAUCAGUAAUACGGUGCGCGAUCGGCGACGAACUAUCCAUCGGUGGCAGUGGAGGUGGUGGCGGUAGUGUGCGUGUGUGUGUGCGCGCGCGAGAAAGAGAAAAAGAGUGAGAGAGAGAGGGAAAGAAAGAGAGACAGCGCGCAGUGUUACGUGUUUUUUUGAGCCUCGUCCGUGUUGUGCUCGCCAUGACGUUGCUCUGAAAUCGUAUCUCAAUAAUAUCAAUCCCGAUGUUGGCCAUAGGAUUGCGCCAAUGUGACUUUCAUGCUUUUAACGAGGAGAGCAUCCGGGGCGGCAAUUCGUGGAUACCGAAGAAAGCUUCAAACGCGUUUGAAGCUUUCGAGGUCGUAUUCAUGGAACUAUGAACCUGGACUCGUUGUCUUUUACUUUGUCACAAAUCAGUUAUUUGGUUGCGAAUUUGAGUAAGAGAAAUUUUCGGGAGAGCUGUCAAGAGAUAUCACUCCUGGUGCAGUGGACUGGUCUGGAGGCGGACCGACAUUUGUUGCGCUGCUUGAUCUCUCAUGUUGACUUCUCCAGUGGUGAACGGUCAGAGUCCAGCUCCAAGGAUUACUUUCAAGCACAGCUGUUAAAACAGGAGUGUGUUGCUUUACUAAGUAAACCAUCCUUGGUAUCGAAUUUGUGCUUUGCAAUAGAUCAUCCUUUGCAUCAUCAGAAGUCAUUGAAUCCUUCCUCCAAGUUUUUUGCCAAUUUAAAAAAGACACUUUGGUUGAGCUUGGUGCAAGAGGUCGCUUUUGCAAUUGCUUUGCAUCAUUCAGAGAACACAGAAAUCCGCACGUUGGCCUUAGAACAUACACAGAAACAGCUGCCUGAGUUAAUAAAGAACUACGUAAAUUCGGAAACCAGCAACAAGCACCACGAGGAAGGUCUGCACGAUUCGUCGCCUGAAGUUCUUCAUUUAAUACUCAGCCAGACUUUUCAUACUGCCAAUCCGUACAACCUUCCCGCCGAAGCGAAGGAAAAAUUUCUCAAGAACUUGCGACGCGAUUUUCCCCGUGAGCUGGUGCCAGUGGUGCUAGCACCACUCUUAUAUCCAGGAGACGGGGAAACUCCGCAGUCCAAAAUUGAGUUAAACAUGGCGGUCAGUCAAAUGGAUGGCAAUUCUCUAGCGGAGUUAAUUAUGGAAUUGGGCUAUAGCCUGACCAUUAGCGUGGAGGAAUGCCGAGCUGCACUAGCAGGUUUGGGUGCUAGAGAACUAACACCAGCGUGUGUAGCACGUGUGUUGGCGCAUAUGGCUCGUACCUGUAAUAAUCACGAAGAUACUGGAGGAAUACAAUCAUUUUGGGGCAACUCGACCACGACGCAAGACUCCAAUAAAGAGAAAUCGUCGGAAACUACCGGCCCGUCAACAUGGAACGUCGAAGUGUUUGUUCAGGCUGUAAAGGAAAUACAAGCCACAUUAUCGUGGAACGAUGUCCUUGUGAAGUUGGAUCACGCAGAGUUCGCUAUCAAAGAUAGACAAGGCUUAAGUUUACUUAUCACAGGUUUGAAGUUGGGUCUUCAACAUCAAGGAUAUCCGCCCGAAAUGUUUCCAGUUGAACUCUUUUAUCGGCAUUGGGACAACGUGGAAGGUCAAUUUACCUUAAUCCAACAGAUUCUGAAGUGCCCGGAUAUAUUCUGUUUUGCGGACUAUCCGUACCACUCGGUAACCGUAGACGUAUUGAAAGCAGCACCCGAAGGGGACAAUAAAGAGGCACAAACGUGGAGAUCGCUCAACAUGGUGGAGUUGCUUUUGUUCAUGGCGGAGAGAGGGAUGUACACUCAGGUGCAAGAAAUAUUCAAGUGGCCCAUCCAGCAUUGCCCGGACGUGCUCGUGUUAGCACUAUUGCAGAUUAAUCAACCUCUCACGAUACUAAGACAAGAGCUGCUCAACACAUUGGUGCCCAUUUUCCUGGGCAAUCAUCCCAAUUCAGCUGUAAUAUUGCAUCACACUUGGCAUUCGAAUAACUCCAAGAUAAAGUCAAUUGUUAUGCACGCCAUGGCUGACUGGUAUUCACGCGACCAUGAUCAAACGAGAUUAUCGCGCAUUUUGGAUGUCGCGCAAGAUCUCAAAGCGCUCUCUGCGCUAUUGAACGCACAAUCAUUCCCGUUUGUCAUCGAUCUCGCAUGUUUGGCAUCUCGGCGAGAAUAUCUGAAAUUAGAAAAGUGGUUGUCAGAUAAGAUCAGAGAUCAUGGAGAAAUUUUCAUCGCAGCAUGCGCGAAGUUUCUCCAGAGACGUUGCCCUCAGGUCGCGGGUGGCCUCAAAGAGGAAUCCACAGUGUCGAAAGCAAGCCAGUUACCGCAGGAGACUCUCACUACGAUACUCGCUUGCUUGCAAGUUUGUGCUGGAAAUGUUUCUCAAGAUUGUUCGGAGUUGAUAUUGACGAUGGUUCAAAAUUGCAGUCUGAUGUUGAGUAAAAAUGUAAAUAGACCACCACCACCUGGAGUCUUGAGACAUCGCGGAUUGGAACCGUUUAAUCCGGCUACUCUAGGGAGUCAGAUAUUUUCUUCGAAACAAGUGGAUCCUUUAGGUAAUUUGAGUACCAAUCUUGCAACCAUGGGUCUUGGCACUGGUCUCGGGCCACCAAGCAGUUCUGCUUUCAACCUGCCUGGCGCAUUAGGACCUCUAGUCUCGGCUCCCGGAUCCCCUUCACGACUCAUGGGACCUUCUCCGAGUCCAUUUCCGAUGUUGCCUUUAACAUCACAAUUGCAUUCGGGUCCAGUUGGUACUCAAGGCCCGUCCGUGCUCCCUGGUGGUACGACUAUCGGCGGAUUAGGACGCCUCGCGCCUCCAGCUGGUAUAGAGAAAACAAGGGUCCCGGCGGAUAUUUCAAGCUUAUUUCCGGAUAUGGCGCAGCCCGUGGCCAAGGAAAUUGAAGAUGAAGCAAACAGCUAUUUUCAACGUAUAUACAAUCAUCCGCCGCAUCCAACCUUGUCGAUCAACGAAGUGCUAGACAUGUUGAAGAAAUUCGCGGACUCUAGCAAUAGGAGGGAGAGGGAAGUGUCUCAAUGUAUGAUGCGGAAUCUGUUCGAAGAGUACAAAUUUUUCCCACAAUAUCCCGAGAAAGAAUUACAGAUUACGGCGCAGAUGUUCGGGGGGAUCAUCGAGCGUGGCCUAAUCGGUAAUUACUUAACGCUCGGAAUGUCAUUGAGAUUCGUCUUGGACGCGCUUAGGAAGCCGGAAGGCAGCAAGAUGUACUUUUUUGGUAUAACGGCUCUGGACUGCUUUAAGACGCGCUUGAAAGACUACUCGACUUACUGCGAUCAUCUUCGUGCUAUUCCGCAUUAUAGCGAAUUCCCGCCGCAUUUGAUGGAGUACAUCGAGUACGGUUCACAAGCACAAGAACCGCCAUCGAGGCCGCAAGGCCCGAAAAGCAUCACGACUAUGUUAGGGACGUCAGUUACGACGUUGUACAAGACCAUGACUACAACUACUAUUACAACUAGCACCACGCAGGCGAAACCGUCUACGACUCCGACUACGUCUCUCUCGGCUAGACCAUCCAUCGCAAAUGCAACUAAUAUCGACACUUUGCUCGUGGCAACGGACAAAGAAGAGAAGAUUACGACACCGCCGGAAGCCUUGCAAGACAAAACGGCAUUUAUUUUCAAUAAUCUUAGCCAGCUGAAUCUGCAGCAGAAAUGCGAUGAGAUUCGCGAAAUUGUCACGGAGGAAUACUGGCCGUGGAUGGCGCAGUACUUAGUAAUGAAACGCGCUAGCAUAGAACUCAAUUUUCAUGCUUUAUACUCGAAUUUUCUAGAUUGCAUAAAAUUACCUGAACUUAAUAAGAUGGUCACCAGAGAAACGUUUCGUAAUAUCAAGGUACUUCUGCGUAGUGAUAAGGGUAUAGCUAAUUUCUCGGACAGAUCGCUUUUGAAGAACUUGGGACAUUGGCUCGGUAUGCUGACACUUGGCAGGAACAAACCUAUCUUACAGGUAGACAUAGACCUGAAAAGUUUACUUGUCGAGGCAUAUCACAAGGGACAGCAAGAGCUUCUUUACGUGGUGCCUUUUGUUGCAAAAGUACUCGAGAGCUGUGCAAAAAGUCGCGUCUUUCGCCCACCUAAUCCCUGGACAAUGGCAAUUAUGAAUGUUCUAGCCGAACUUCACCAGGAACCUGAUUUGAAACUGAAUUUGAAGUUCGAGAUUGAAGUUCUGUGCAAGAAUCUAAGCAUCGAUGUCACGGAGUUGAAACCAGUCAUUUACUUGAAAGAUCCCGAAAAACUGCGCAACUUGGAGUAUCAAUUGUCACAGCCGAAUAAAAAAUCGGAAACCUCUAACAAUCAACAGCAAUCUCAAGGCCCUAUAGAAGAACUGGUAGGACCAACGACAAGCAGUACGAUUGUUUCUCAAACAGCGCCUCCUGCGAAUACGACACCUUCGUUGCCAACUGGCCCGCCGGAACCACGAUUUAAUUACAUGGAUAUAUCUAUAACUGGUAUCGCUAACAUAUCUUCGCACAUUACUCUAAAUAACCAGUUACCUCUUUUCCAAGCACAUCCUCAUCUGAAGCAGUUCGUUCGUCCAGCGAUCGAACGAGCGAUUCAGGAAUGGAUUCACCCAGUCGUCGAUCGUUCUAUGAAGAUUGCUAUAACUACCAGCGAACAAAUUGUAAGAAAAGAUUUCGCACUCGAUCCAGAAGAAAUACGGAUGAGAUCAGCAGCACGUCAUAUGGUUCGCAAUCUGACCGCUGGCAUGGCUAUGAUCACGUGUCGCGAUCAGGUAAGACGAAAAGAGCUCCUAACGUCGAUCAGCGGGAACUUGAAGCAAUCUUUCCUCGCGGCGCUGAUCACCUCGACACAGCAACAGAAAGAUCUUGCUGAACAAGCGGCGAAUAUAGUCGCCGCCGAGAACAUGGAACUCGCAUGCGCCUUCGUACAGAAGACUGCUAUGGAGAAAGCGAUACCGGAAAUGGACAAACGAUUGGUGAAUGAGAUAGAGUUGCGUAAGAUCGCUCGGCAGGAAGGAAGAAGAUACUGCGAUCCCCUCGCCAAAUACCAAGCCGAAAGAAUGCCGGAGCAAAUCAGACUGAAGAUCGGCGGUGUUACUCAACAGCAGAUGGCAGUUUACGAGGAGUUCGCCAGAAAUAUCCCAGGAUUCCUUCCGCUCUCCGAACGAGACACACAAGCUCUCUUCAUGCCCAAGCCUGCCACCGAUACCACAGUAACCUCUUACGUCACAAAUCCGGGUGUGACAGUUCCAACGGCGCAGCAAGUUGUUGCUUAUGCGUCAGCAUCAGCAGUUGGUAACGAUGAAGUUGGUGCUAUGUUGGAAAAACUUAUCACUGAGGUUGAGAUUGUAUUGACUGCUAUGAGUCCAGCGACACCUCCACCUCAACAUACUACGCUUCACAGUCUUCUUGAAUCAAUUAUCCUCACAAGACGCUCGAGAGACACUGGUACAGCGAUGACUCUCUUAAAGAAGGCUGUCGAAGGCUUGUUGGAUGGUCCCACGAUAUCCAGCGGUGUCAUCGAUUCAGAAAUUGUGUUGCGAUACAGAGAUAUGCACUUACGCAUUCUGAAGUGUCUUCAAGAUCCACGCACCUACGGUAUGCAGUGGACUAACAAACACGUCACUCGCUGUUUAAUUGAAAGCAGAGAAGAAUUGCGAUAUAAUUUCGAAGGUGUAGACUGUCUUAUAAGGUCUCAUCUAGUUAAUCUUCCUCAAUAUGAUGUAGCAUUAGCACAGGCCAUAGAAGCGGGAAGCGCCUUGGCAACAGCAUUCGCUAUGCAGUUGGUUCAACUGUAUUUAAUUGACGAAAGACAGAUAACUCACGUCACGGAAUCUGAUUUAUUUCACACGAUCGAGAUACUCGCUCGCAUGGCCCAUCACCGUGCCCCACCAGAAGGAAUUUUGCUGUAUCGGAUAACAACCUUGAUAGAUGCUCUGCGAGCUAAUCAUGAUCCUGGCUUAUUAGCGGAUAGAGCUUCAACUGGGCCGACAGCGCACAUUCACUCUGGAAUCCUGCAGGUGAGAGCUCGCGAUUUCGACGAUCCGCCUGGAUUGAUGGACAAAACGGAGUACCUAUUGCGUGAAUGGGUCUCCAUGUAUCACAAUCCCACGCACGCCCGUGAUCCCACGAAGGCGUUUAGCAUCUUCGUGCAUCAAAUGAAUAUUCACGGUAUCCUCAAGACUGACGACCUCAUUACCAGAUUCUUCAAACUGAGCACCCAAAUGUGCGUCGAUCUUUGUUAUCGUGCUCUCGCUGAGACCAACGCGGCGCCGUCGCUCGUUCGCGCAAAGUGCUUCCAUUCGCUGGAUGCAUUCGUACGUCUCGUUGCGCUGCUAGUGAAGCACUCAGGCGACACCACCAAUACGCAUACUAAACUCAAUCUGUUGAACAAAGUGCUCGGUAUAGUCGCUGGUGUAUUGUUACAAGAUCACGAGAUGCGCGGCACUGACUUUCAACAAUUGCCGUACCACAGAAUUUUCAUCAUGUUGUUCUUGGAACUAUGUGCGCCCGAGCCUGUGUUAGAGGCCGUGAACUUUCAAGUGCUAAUGGCCUACUGUCACACAUUACACAUACUGCGUCCAGCGAAGGCGCCUGGAUUCUGUUAUGCUUGGCUGGAAUUAUUUUCGCAUCGGGUGUUCAUCAGUCGUAUGUUGGUCAUCACGCCGCAGCAGAAAUGCUGGGGAAUGUAUGCGCAGUUGCUCAUAGACUUGUUUAAAUACCUCGCGCCUUAUCUACGCAAUGCGGAACUCGCUAAGCCUGUGACUCUCUUGUAUAAGGGCACACUACGCGUGCUGCUGGUGCUACUGCACGACUUCCCUGAGUUCCUGUGCGAUUAUCACUACGGAUUUUGCGACGUGAUACCGCCCAACUGCAUACAAAUGAGAAAUCUCAUUCUGAGCGCAUUUCCCAGAAGUAUGCGUCUACCUGACCCAUUUACACCAAAUCUGAAGGUCGACAUGCUGACGGAGAUUACGCAGGCGCCGCGAAUUCUCACAAAUUUUGCGACUACGAUACAACCGGUUAGCUUCAGAAAGGAAUUAGACUCUUAUCUGAAGGCUCGUGCACCGGUCACCUUUUUGUCUGAGUUGGUUAGCAAUUUGCAAGUAUCGCAAGAACCUGGAAUGCGCUACAAUAUCCAACUGAUGAACGCGUUGGUAUUAUAUGUGGGCACACAAGCCAUCGCGGUCAUUCGCAGCAAUAACCUUACAGCCAACAUGUCCACAAUUGCGCAUUCCGCACACAUGGACAUCUUCCAGAACCUGACGGUUGCCCUUGACACGGAAGGCCGCUAUUUGUUCUUGAACGCUUUAACGAACCAGUUGCGGUUUCCCAAUAGCCACACGCACUACUUCAGCUGUACGCUCCUGUAUUUGUUCGCCGGAGCGAACACGGAGGCGAUACAGGAACAGAUCACUAGGGUUCUUCUCGAAAGGCUCAUCGUCAACAGACCGCAUCCGUGGGGCCUUCUUAUUACUUUUAUUGAGCUCAUCAAAAACCCUACGUAUAAAUUCUGGACACAUGAGUUUGUACAUUGCGCACCUGAAAUGGUGAAGUUGUUCGAGUCUGUGGCUAAAUCGUGUAUGGUGCAAAAACAAGUGCAGCCCACUCCCGAUCCGGAGAUUCCAGAGUGAUAGAGUCUUUCUCUAUAUAUAUAUAUACAUAUAUAUAUAGGUAUGUGUGUGUGUGUGCGUGUGUACAGUAAAAUAAAAAUCGUAUAUAAGAAUCGCGUGUAAAAAGUUAUGUAAGGAUAGAUAUGUAAUAUUAAGUUUAAAUUCUCAUAGCGAACAGAUAUACCGACUAAUCAUAUAUUAAGCGUAUCAAUUCAUAAGUGUAGCGUAUAAGUGAAGAUAAUUAUUGUGUUAAUAUUUUAAUAAAAGGGAUUCUUGUCAUCAAUUUUGGCAACAGCAAACGCUUUUUGACUAAUAUAAUGUGUCUUUGAGAUAAUUGCAUCUCACUCUAUGUAUGAUAUAGACAAACUUUACACACAUCACAGAACGCAAAUGUGUCACUAUAUAUAUGUGUGUAUUUGCUGUGUGUAUAUGUGUAUGUGUGUGAAAGAGAGAUGAUAUAUAUAUUGUAUAUAUACAUACAUAUAGCGGGUUAUUCAUAAUCGUCAUGGUAAAAUUUUUAAAGAAGUUCGUCGGCGACUUGAUCGCGAAAGUUUGAGGUUACUCAUCAUGACCAGUUAACGUUAAACAAAUUAGCUGUGCAAAUUUCUAAAAUGCUAAAUAUAUUGUUUACUUUUAUGAUACAGAAGAAACUUACACACAUAUACACAUGUACAACGCGUAUGCGAAGCUUAGUGAUUAAUGAUUAUCUUUAGGAAUUCUUUUCAAAGUGUAUGAUAAAAAUCACGAAGAAAUCUGUGACAUAUAUAGUGAUAUAGUAUGAUAAGUAGAUGCCAUUUUUUAAAAGUAAGUAGUUAUAAUAGAGAAGAAAAAUGAAUAAUAUACAUAUAAUUGAUCCAAUGUAACAUUUAACGACGCGAUUCUUUAUUCUAUAAAAUUUUUACUGCGACUUCUAUAUCUUUCAAUGUGGUGUAACACUCAUGAGUUUGACAUUUAUAUUAAAAAUUUAGUAAACUUUUCUAUAUAUAUAUACAUAUGUACCGUUUCACAAAUGAGUACACACACGUGACGCAUUACGAUCGUUCGCCGGGGAUUACAAAGGUUGUUGAUCGCGUGUAGCAUGAUAAGCGUCUCUCUCUUUAUCAGGAAAUUUCGUUGGUAAAUUCGGGCUGUGCAAGUGGCACUUCGCGGGGUACAUGAUUCCAGCGACGUUCACUUCGUAAUCUCCCGACAACACGUACUCGUUUGUUACCUCUUGCGGUUGACCCUUUGAAUCUAAGUUCUGUACGAAUCCGAGACACACCUGCGAAUACAGUUCAAUAUGUUACUCUCUUCAAAGAUAUUAAUAACGUCCUUAUAAGUUCA